AUGGCUGUGGUAGCAGAUGUUCAGAAUCAUGAAUCGCCAGCCCCAAAGAAGAAAUCCUUUUUUCGAAAAUAUUUUCUGGAAGGACAACACCUUGAUACGUCAGCAGUGCAAUAUGUUCCCGAAGAUGCUGAUUUCAUCGAACGAUUUGUGAUCGUUUAUCGGAAAUAUAUUGCCUUUCUCGUGCCGAUGAUCGUCAUGCAGACACUUUGGUGGCUGACUGCUGUACGAUAUGAUUGGUUAUCACUGUACAAGACAAGAUGGCAGAUGCCUCUUAUCAUGAUACUCGGGGCACUUGUAGCAGGCAUGACGUCCGAAGGAGGUGGAGCUGUAGCAUUUCCAUCUAUGACUCUUGGACUACAUAUAGAUCCUGUCACCGCAAGAGAUUUUUCACUUCUUAUGCAGUCAGUAGGAAUGAUGUGUGCACUAACCGUUGUUCUGAUUAUGAGAGUGCAAAUCGAGCAAAGGGCAGUUCUUUUCGGAACGCUUGGUUCUGUGCCUGGUAUAAUCUUCGGCUUCAAAUUCGUGAGUCUUUGUGUUCAACUCAACUUAGUAUAUUUCUGGUUUGACCCACUUCUCGACGCUAGUCAAAAGAAAAUGCUAUUCGUCUCAAUUUGGGCAUCCUUCGCAAUAGCCUUAUUUAUUUUGAAUUCGCACAAGAAGAGAAAAACUUAUCCAAAAAUUCCCGAUUUCAAGCCUUGGAAGGCGGUGGUAUUGGCUGCUACAGGAUUUGUAGGAGGAAUCUUUACUGCUUUUGCUGGGUCUGGCGUGGACAUUUGUAUUUUUUCCAUGAUCACCUUACUCUUCAGAGUGACUGAGAAGACUGCCACUCCAACCACCGUCGUCUUGAUGGGUUUGAACUCUAUGGUCGGAGGGUAUUACCGCCUAAUUUGGGAAGGUGACGUCACCAAACUUGCCAUCGAGUACCUGCAGGUCUCUAUUCCCGUUGGCGUUACUCUUGCACCGUUCGGCAGCUUCCUCGGAUCUCAUUUUCACAGACAGGUUCUUGCAUGUUUUGUCUACGUUCUCGAAUUACUUUCUCUUCUUGGAUUUUUGAUUACUGGUCCGCCUUUAUAUCUGAUUGCUUGUGGAGGUGCAAUAAUCCUUGCCGGGUUCGGAUUCUUCACACUUAUCAGCAAAGCAGGCGAGAAACUCAUGGAAGAAGUUGAGGUUUGUGCAAAGACCCCAUCCGGGUCGAAAGUAUAG